AUGGGCUACAAGGCCGGUAUGACCACCAUCGUCCGAGACCUCGAUAGACCAGGUGCGAAGAUGCACAAGAAGGAGGUCGUUGAAGCUGUCACUGUCGUCGAGACUCCUCCAUUAAUCGUCGUCGGUCUUGUCGGUUACAUUGAGACACCCCGUGGCCUUCGAUCUCUUACCACUGUCUGGGCCGAACAUCUCAGCGACGAAGUGAAGCGCAGAUUCUACAAGAACUGGUACCGAUCGAAGAAGAAGGCAUUCACCAAGUACGCCAAGAAGCACUCCGAGAACAAGGGCUCGUCCGUCACCCGCGAACUCGAGCGCAUAAAGAAGUACGCCACUGUUGUCCGUGUUCUCGCCCACACCCAGAUUCGCCAGACCCCUCUCAAGCAGAAGAAGGCACACCUGAUGGAGAUCCAGGUUAACGGUGGUAACGUCGCAGACAAGGUCGCUUUCGGCCACGGUCUGUUCGAGAAGCCCGUUGAGAUCGACACCAUCUUCGAGCAAGACGAGGUUAUUGAUGCCAUUGCCGUGACCAAGGGUCAUGGUUUCCAGGGCGUCACCAGCAGAUGGGGAACCAAGAAGCUGCCGAGAAAGACACACAAGGGUCUCCGAAAGGUCGCCUGUAUCGGUGCCUGGCAUCCUUCCCACGUCCAAUGGACCGUCGCCCGUGCCGGUCAAGACGGUUACCACCAUCGUACCUCAGUCAACCACAAGAUCUACCGCAUCGGCAAGGGCAGCGACGAGAAAAACGCCGCCACCGAGUUCGACGUUGUCAACAAGCAAAUCACACCUAUGGGCGGCUUCGUGCACUAUGGUGAGGUCAAGAACGACUUCGUACUCCUCAAGGGCUCCAUCCCCGGUGUCAAGAAGCGUGUCAUCACCCUCCGCAAAUCCCUCUACACCCACACCUCUCGCAAGGCCCUCGAAAAGGUCGACCUCAAGUGGAUCGACACCUCGUCCAAAUUCGGCCACGGUGCUUACCAAACUGCCCAGGAGAAGAGACAGUUCUUGGGUACGCUCAAGAAGGAUCUCGCUCCUGCUUCAUAG